AACUUUUCUCCUAAAAAUCCUCCAAAAAAACAAAAAAGGGGAGGGAAAAAAUUCUCGUCUUCUUCCCCGUGCUUGCCAGCACCCGAGGUCGGCGAGCUCUCCGAAAGCGGCGGCGAUGGGUUCCAGCCAGGCCGAUAAGCCACUGCGUCGUAUAGCGGUGUCGUUCGAGGAGCUCGCCGCCGUCGCUAAGCAGCAGCCCGCGGUGCCCAUGGACGCUGGGGCCUUCUCGCGCGCCUGCUCCAACGUCUCCGUCCUCUUCGGCUGCCUCGGCAUCGCUUUCAAGUUCGCGGAGAUGGACUACGUCGCCAAGGUUGAUGAUUUGGUGGAGGCGUCCAAGUCAAUUUCAACAUUGCCUUCUAUGGUUGAGCGAGACAUUCAGACCGACACUGUCAGGAAACCAGGGAGCCAUACAAGGAAUCUGCUUAGAGUGAAGCGCGGGAUUGAUAUGGUUAAAGUCCUGUUUGAGCAAAUUCUUGUCACAGAAGGCAACUCACUAAGGGAUGCAGCAUCGGUGGCUUAUGCUCAGGUCUUUGCUCCUCACCAUGGAUGGGCAAUAAGGAAAGCAGUUUCUGCUGGAAUGUACGCCCUUCCCUCAAAGUCCCAGCUGUUGAAGAAAUUGAAUGAAGAUGAGGAAUCAGCAAAGGUUCAAAUGCAGAACUUUGUCAGGUCAUCAGCUCCAGUAAUCUGCUAUGUUGAUGACCUUUUCACCUCAAGGAAUUUGGGCAUAGAUUGGUGAAGAAAAAUAUGGAUACGUUUGUUUGAUGUACUAAUCCAGUCAGAUGGUGUGCUGUGUGAGCUGGGCUCAGAAAACCUUUUUCUGGAUCCGUGUUUCCAAGUCGUAAACUAAUAUAACUACUUAGCGAU